GUGGCCGGACCAUCUUUCAUUCUUUCUAACCUUUUUUGAACUUUAUCGUCUUUUCAUUCGAGCUAGUCUCUAUUCACAUCGUAUUCAUACAAUCACCAUGAGGUUCAUCACUCUCCUUCCCAUUCUCGCACUUGGCGCUUCCGCCGCUGCCUACGUUGUCCCGGACACAUCGGCAGAGAACGCUGUCCAGGCUCGUAACUCCGGUGCUGUGCACGCUUUUGGAGUACUUAAUUCCCGUACCGCACUCCCAGAGCCCCAUCACAAGGGUCGUGGAAAGAAGAACAACAACAAGCGAGAGGACGACACUGGUGAUGAUCUUGAUCACUCUAUUGACAAGCGCCACCACAAGGGUCGUGGCAAGAAGAACAACAACAAGCGUGAAGAGGACGAUGAGGAGGACCUUGACCUUGACCACGCUAUUGAGCGCCGCCAUCACAAGGGCCGCGGCAAGAAGAACAACAACAAGCGUGAAGAGGAUGACGAGGAAGACCUUGAUCUAGACCACUCUCUUGACAAGCGCCACCACAAGGGCCGCGGCAAGAAGAACAACAACAAGCGCGAAGAGGAUGAUGAGGAAGACCUUGACCUUGACCACGCCAUUGAGCGACGCCAUCACAAGGGUCGCGGCAAGAAGAACAACAACAAGCGUGAAGAGGACGACGAGGAGGACCACGCUAUUGAGCGACGCCACCACAAGGGCCGCGGCAAGAAGAACAAUAACAAGCGUGAAGAGGACGAUGAGGAGGACCUCGACCUUGAUCACGGUAUCGAGCGACGCCAUCACAAGGGCCGUGGCAAGAAGAACAACAACAAGCGCGAUGAGAGUGUCGAGAGCGUCGAGAAGAGGCACCACAAGGGUCGUGGCAAGAAGAACAACAACUAGAUAAUUAUCUC